CUGAUCCGGAUGAGCGGAGGGAGCAGAUGACUCAGGUUCGAUGAUCCAUGGAGAUUAUAUCAUGUUAUAUUAUCUUAAAUGAACUAUCGAUGACGAAGUGGCUGUGAAUACAUAACAAGAUCAUAUGAAAAGAAAGUUAAUCCAAAAAUAUCUCAACUUCCCAACUACAUAAACCAUCAGCCCCCAUCCUCAUCAUCAAACCAACCAACAAAAACAACGAUGACCAUCAACCAUCGCAAGACCACUUCAACCUCAACAACAACCUACUACCACUCAACAACAACAACAACCAUCCAUCAUCAAAGGAGAGCAACCCACCAACAAGAACACCAGCCAGCAUGGACUUCAACUGCACUCCAUUCCAGCCUCAUCCGACCACAUCCAUCCCAUCAAACACUCACCCGACCACUCACCCCGCUCCUCACCCUGGCCGCAUACGGCUCCCUCAUCAUCACCGCCCUCUCCGCCCUCAUCGGCCUCAUCCUCGCCAGCUAUGGCCUCUCCGCUUGGGACGACGCCAAGGAUCGACUCACCGGCGUCCGCGCUCUCAUCGGCAAAGGUCGACUCCUCGUCGGAAAACAUUUCGUCACCCCAACGGCUUUCCUCCAGUCUUCUGUCGAGCCCACUAAUCACACAACGAUCCCCAGACGAGCAGCACCAGAAUGGAGCUAUUCGACCCCAGACGGGCUGAAUUCUACAACCGGAUACGAAGUCCAUCCAAAAGAAGAAGACGACGAGGACGAGGAUACGAAGCUGAAGGACUGGGAUGAGCAGGAGACAACCAAGCCAUCUACAGACCCUCUCCCCAGUCCGCCGACCAGUCUGCCCCCUCGCCCGCCGAUCUCGGUGCUCAUCGCCAGUCUCUUCCUCACCCUCAUCGUCCUCUCGGCCCGCUUGUUGGUGGUCUGGUGGAUGGGCCAACAGGCCCAGAAAAACUCCUCCCUCGCCUUCCGGAACGCCCAGCGCGCCUUCGAGGCUGCUCACGAUCACCAUCAACUCCCGCUCAAUCAUCAUCAUCAUCGACCUCAUUCCUCUUCCACUCCUCCUCAUCCUUCCUCUCCGAACAGGCUUCCCAAAUCCUCGUCCUCUUCUUCUAUCUCCUCCAAUCACUCGCUCUCUCAAGACUUGUAACCAACUUCAUCAAGAACCCCGGCCGCCCCAGUUUUGUAUUCUUAUCAGCUGUAUUUUUUUUUUUCGGGGUCGGGUUGGCUCGGCUUGUGAUCUUGUAGAUGGCUUUGUUGGGUGACUUAUAUAUAUGUAUAUAUAUGUAUCAUUAUUAUCAUGAUUGUUGUUGUUUUUUUCUGUACUACCUGUCUCGCCAUUCACCUCCACCUCCACACAUCCUUCUAUCCCCAUCCUCAUCCACUCUUCUGAUGUCCCUCACCACCCACCCCAAACAAAACAAAAAAGAAAUCACCCUCCCAUUCGAUUUCUCUUCAUCCCUCUCUCUCUCUCUUCUCCUCAUGAUGUAUUGCUCUGUUUUUUUUUUCUCCUGACCCCAGGACCUAUUUUCAUACACACACACAGAUAUAUAUAUAUAUAUAUACUACCUUUAUUACGAUGUUGGAGCCACUAAUU